AUAACAACUUUAACUUUCAACAAAUCUAGUUAAGCAUCUACCUUGAGUUGCGCGUCAUUUUGCAUUUACCAUUUAAAAUGAGAUACUUUAGUAUUUUCCUAAUUGUGGUUAUCUUUGCUGCAGCAUGCUUUGCUGUUGAGGCUGAAGCAGAAGAUUCAGCAUUAGCUGAAAAGAAAACUGAAAAACGCGGAAUUUAUGGUUUUGGUUAUGGUGGAUAUCAUGGCGGAUACGGUGGUUAUGGGCAUGGAUAUGGACAUGGUCAUAGCUAUGGUCAUGGUUUUGGAUAUCCUUAUCACGGUGGCUAUUAUGCUUCAUACCACGUACCACAUUAUGGAGGAUAUGGACACUAUCCGUAUCAUGGAUAUCAUGGUUUUCAUUAAAAAAAACUUAAAUUGAACAUUUUUUUAUGUGUAUUGGCAUGUUUUAUUACAAAUUUUAAAUACAUAUAGUGCAGUGUAAUGUAUUUUUUAUAACAAAAUUAAACGAAAAUAUAUAAAUUUUAUAUAAAUAUA